GGGGUCUGAGGGUCUGGGGGCCUGGAGGCACAGAGGCCUGGACCAGUACUGGGCCUUGGCUCACACAGACCUGUGGGGAGAAACAUUUGUGUCACACACCAGAACAAACAGGAAGCACAUACAAGAGCACAGCAAACCCACAGGGACAAACUGUAGACACCAAAAUGUUUCUCACUCACUUUUCUUACAUUUAAAUUGAAUUAAAUUGGCACAGCCAAUGAAUAUCUCUGCUGUGUAACUGAAUAUCCAACGUCUGAGUGAAACUAACUUCACCACGGUGCACAUACGACUUUACUACAGGAGCUCUGUCAGAUACGCUGAUGUUACUCACAGGAGGUAAACAGUGAAUACAAUUUACUCCAAAACACACGGCAAAUCCACGUUUACCUUCAAUACGGACAGACAGACGUUUAGCUGCCUCUCAUCUCCGGCUGUCAUGACUACACUACAGGACUAAACCAGAACUAAACCAGGACUAAACCAGGACUAAACCAGGACUAAGUUAGAGCUGAACCCUUACAGAAUCCUAAACCAAUCCGGUGAAUUUGUCACAUUUUAAGGUCAAUUGUAUCUAUUGUAUUUGUUGAGCGCAGACAAGUUAGCCUAGAUGUAGCCUGGGUGUGCUAACAUGAGUACCAUCUCUGACUGUUGCCUUCUGUUUUUAAUUUUGCAUUAAAAGGAAAGCAUGAAUGCACAAGGGCACAUUUCUUUGAAUAACCUCGUCGUAAUCAUGAUCUAGGUAUUGUUAAAAGGGUUAUUUGCUACAGUAUUGGUUGUUUUUUGUGUAACAUCUUAAAAUCCCGAAGCGAUUAAAAUAUGAACAUGUAAACUCACAAACCUCACGUUCCUCCCCAAAAAAGUCUUGUAGUCCGAGUGAGAGGGCGGUCAGUACAAGUCUGCUGGAAAUAAUCCAAAGAUCCGGCUCGUGUAGGUAAAAAUAUUCAGAGAGAGUUUAGGUGUGCAGUUUCUCGUCUGGAGAAAAGUUUGUAAAGAUUCCAAUGUUCAAAAAACGCACAUAGCAACAAAAAUAACAACAGCACGCACGUGCGCACUGACGUAAGCACGGAAGCGACUUGGCGUUUUACAGACCAUAUGUAACAGAUAAAAAAAAAAAAAAAAAAAAGUGAGUCAAUGAUUUAAAAUAUUGUUAAAAACAUGAUUUAUUUAUAUCAUUCUGUUACAUUUAAAAGAUAAUUCAUUUGGGACAAAAAGUAUAAAUGCUAAAAAUUGUACAAUUACAUAUUUACAAGUUCGUUCUUUUUUUGAAAUAAAGUCAUGGAGUAAGGACGUGAACUGCGUCUCUGUCCUUCAUUGUCUACAAAAAGCAACCACGUAUCUCUCCCACACUGUAGGAGUAGAGGGCACAACAUUUUGGAGGCACCGCUGGGGGCUGAGGGAGCGUAACACAGAGGAGGGAGUCAUCCAGAGACUGAAGGAUGAAAAUGGAAGUUGCCCUGUUUUCCACCCCAAAACACUGAUCUCGUAACAUCUAUAGCCUACAAUACAAGUGCUAAACACACAUCCAUGUAAAAUGUAAGAUACCGAUUUGGAUGACAUGUAAAUAGACCUGUAUAGACCCAGUGUUAGCCCCAAUUCGUUUUUUAAUGAGAGCUAGCUUAGCGUUAGCCAUCUAUCACCGCAAACUAUGAAAUACCAGGAGUGUUUUGGAGACCUACAACCACUCAACUACACGUGAGUAACACCAGAGCCUCGAUACAAAACAUUGCCACAUGUAGAAUUGUUUUUGCAUAGUUCAUUGACGUAGCGAUUAGCACCAAAAUUAAGUUAUAUGCUAACAACCACGUAAUAAACAUUUUGUAAAUCUAAUGCUAUGCUGGACAAUGAUACACUAAAAAUAAAGAGGGCCACAACAGUUUGACAAGAAACCCCUCGAUUUAUUUCAUCCAGAGCCACACAAAUCCUGCAUACAGUAACUUUAAAGAAUAGCACUGAUUGACACAUAUAAGUAGACUGUGUCCUCAGCAUUAAGCACCUCACUCCUGGAAUAACUAUGGCACUUUGUGUCAGGACCUGAUACAACUUUACAUUUGUUGUCCUGAGUAUAUAUUUAUUGCAUAUCUUUAUACAUGAUUAUGCUAUUACCAUGACACAAUGUGUUUACAAGUGCACACCUCACUGAAUGUGUAAAUGUAAUGUGAUGUUAUAGCGAAUCAAGCUUGUCAUUUUGGCUAAAGUCUGCAAUUGCUGUAGUUCAUUUUAUUUAUUUCGUGUCUUCAGGUGGAGAACAGAUGCUGUUAAGAAACCCCCAAGGUGACAGCAAGAAUGGAAGAAGACCCCAGCCAACCUACAUGCACAGUGAACCAUCCAGGAUUUGGGCCUGUGUGUCUCAGUAUAUACUCCCUUCAAAAUGACAUUAACGUGUACAAAGCACAGCACAGUUUGGACCAGAACAUCAGCAAUGGUACAAGCCAGUCCUGACCCAGACUCUGACCCAUGAUGCACCUCUCCUCCGUCUCUCCGCUCGUCUCUCUUCUACAUCUCACGUUUUUGUUUUUUGCUCCCGUUGCCGUGGAGACAACAGUGAGGGGUUGCGUUGAUGGCAGGGACAAAGAUCACCGACCACUGAUUAACUGCACCUCAGCAGGUUACAGAGACGUGCCAUCGGGAAUCGAACCGACAACCAAGGUUUUGUUGUUUCCUCAAAACCAGUUCUCACACCCGUCCUGGACCUCUUUCACUGUUUUCACCGAGAUCCACGAGAUCGACCUCAGCAGAAACCAGAUUCCUUCCCUCACCCACAGUGAUGCUCCGAUCCUGCCCAGCCUCGCAGUGCUUCGUCUGGGCUUCAAUCAGCUCCGAGCGCUUCCUGAUCACUGCUUCUCUAGAAGUCCAGCUUUGACCGAGCUGUACCUCCAAAACAACCUGAUCAGCUCCCUCCAGGACCAGUCUUUCUCUGGACUCAGUAAACUCGAGAUCUUGGAUUUGUCGAAUAACCACGUCCAAACUCUCCCUCCGCGCAUGAUGCACCCUCUGAAGGCCAUAGAGACGCUGUAUUUGGAAGGAAACAAGAUCAAGGUGCUGCCUGAUAACUGGUUCAGCCAGAAGAACGAGGUGCCCUAUCUGUACCUCUCGGCCAAUCCGUGGGCUUGCUCCUGUUCCCUUGGUUACCUGCGCAUGUAUCUGGAGGAGUACGAUUACAACGUUUAUGUGAAAGAUGGACCCAUCAUCUCGGCGGAUGCAGAGAGUGUGAUUUGUGACAGUCCACGGUCUCUAAAAGGUCAGUCUGUGAUCAAACUUGAAGAAUCGGACUUUUGUAAUCCACUGACUCCCACUGAGCAAAGCCAUUUUUUUGAUACUACCACUCCUCCUAAGCCUACUACUACUACUACUACUGCUACUGCUGCUACUACUGCUGCAGUUCCCACUACUCCAGUUUGGACUCAUGGUUAUUACAAAAUUGUCACAAUAUACGAAUCUUACACAGUAGACUGGUCUGAUAUUUGGGGAUCACUGCGAGGGGAUGGACGAAGAGUCAAAAGAACGACUGUGCCGCUAACAACUGAACUCCCUACCACAACUUCGACAGCUCUCCCCACUACUACACCACAAACUUCUCCAGUAUUGACAACUUCUACAGCUCUCCCCACUACUACACCACAAACUUCUCCAAUAUUGACAACUUCUACAGCUCUCCCCACUACUAUGCCACAAACUUCUCCAGUAUUGACAACUUCUACAGCUCUCCCCACUACUAUGCCACAAACUUCUCCAAGUAUUGACAACUUCUACAGCUCUCCCCACUACUACACCACAAACUUCUCCAAUAUCGACAACUUUUUCCACAACAAUCCCACCUGAAAUACAACAGACAACCUUUGUUACCCCCGAAACUUUUACAAUGUCACCUCCAGGAGUUUAUGAAGGUCGCAUAAUUAGCAACAACAUAAGUAGCGACAGUGCGAGCCCUCUUGAAGCUAGGACCGUUUUUUGCUUUUGGCUCUUUGUAAGUUGCGCGUUUCUCUGUGUAGUUUCCGCUUUUUCGUCAUUAGUAACUGCAUUUAGGUUGUAUUUUUGGUACAGAGGGGUUUAUAAGUCAUUAAAAUGUAUCAUAGCUGGCAAGGAGCAAGUUAAAAUGUUGAGUUAUUGUAGAGAUAUUGACAAGAAACAGGCAAAAUAUCAAACUAUGCUUUUUGUAUCUAAGGAUGUGAAUCAAGUUGAGUGUUUUGUUAAUUUAGGACCAAAAACCUGGACAGAAGAAGCACAAAAUGUUGAAAAAAUAAUGUACAAGGAGGCAGUGUAUCACGAAAUUAGCAAAGAAGAAGAAAUUGAAGCUAAACACGUGCUAGCAGAAUGCACAGUUAGCCGAGAAGCUAACUCAGGCAUGUCUAAAAAGCGUUACAGUGUUAUUUUGAGGGAGGAAGGUGAAAAAGAGGGAGGGGAAACGGAGAAAUGUGAUUGGGUGGUCGGGGGCUGGGAGGUGGAGAAAGGGGCGAGUCCUGGGAGCAGUUGGGGGGAGUGGCUAGUGCAGAAUUUGCCGAGCAUGCCUUGGAGGGUGAGCGCGCCGCCCAAAAGGGAAGCGGAGUCACUGUAGUGUUGCGUGAAUGAAAAAGAUGAAUGAGGAAGCUCACAACGGUCUACUCAAUUUCCUUUAAAGGGCCCAUCUCAUGCAAAAUCAACUUUUCAGUCCUUUCUACCUUCUAAGAGUGAUCUGUGGGCCUUGUAUAUGUCGCCAAAGUGUUUUUUAGAUUGAUUUGGCAUUUUUUUGCAGCGUAUUUCUGCCACCCUCCCACGAGACAAUGAACUAAAGCUGCUACAACGAUGACGCAGCAGAUACACCUAUGAUGCGUUUGACAUAGCAGAAAGUGCUUCACACCUGCCCCCCUCAGUGUAUUGUUCUACACUGCAGUGUACGCAAUAUAAUAAGUUGAU